AUGGUAGACUAUACCCCUCCUUCUGUCACCCUCCGCCAGGGUCAUGUCAUUGGAACCUCAAGGGAGGAGACAACCCCGCAUCCUGUUGACGCGUUCCUGGGCGUUCCGUACGCUCUUCCCCCCAUUGGAGAAAGACGAUUCAAACCAGCAGAAAAGGUGAACGCCUCUACUGACACCAUUGAUGCCUCGAAAUUUGGUCCUGCAGCUCCAGGCAAGCCAUUGCUCGCCAAUGGUCCAAAACUAGAGCAAAGCGAAGAUUGUCUCACUGCCAACAUCUUUCGGCCUGCUGGAACUACUGAAGCAGAUAAGCUGCCCGUGGCGAUUUAUGUUCAUGGCGGUGCUUUCAAUCGUGGUGCGGCAUCGAUGCACAAUACCGCCUCUAUGGUCGCUUGGUCCGAGUCUCCUUUUAUUGGCGUCAGUUUCGGGUAUCGCAUCGGAGCUUUGGGAUUCUUACCAUGUACUCUCUCAAAGAAGGAAGGUCUUCUAAAUCUUGGACUGCGUGACCAGGUCCUCUUGUUUGAAUGGGUACAGGAGAACAUCGGGAAGUUCGGAGGUGAUGCUGGCAAUGUCACGCUGUUCGGUCUGUCAGCAGGAGCCCACUCGAUUGGCCACCAUAUCCUGAAUUACAAUGACCAGUCCCCGGCAUUAUUCCACCGUGCCAUCAUAGAAUCCGGCUCAGCAACAUCUCGCGCCGUCCGCCCCUACAACGCAACAGUACACGAAAGCCAAUUCAAGAAUUUCCUCAAGGAAGCCGGCUGCCCGUCCAAAUUGCCCGAAGACGAAAUCUUCCCCUAUCUCCGCUCUCUCCCGAGUUCGACCGUGACAGACGCGCAAACCAAAGUGUUCGACAAGUACAACCCAUCGCUCCGAUGGGCUUUCCAGCCCGUAAUCGAUGACGAUCUCAUCGCCCGGAAGCCACUGGAUGCCUGGAACUCUGAGCUGUGGAACAAAGUCCCAAUAAUGACUGGAUACAACAGUAACGAAGGAACGUACUACGUCGACAAGAAAAUGUCCGACCCAGCGCAGUUCCGUCAUUUCUGGAAAAGUCUCCUACCAGAACUCUCUUCUGACGACUUGGAUACCAUCGAUCGCCUCUACCCUGACCCCAGCUCUGAUCCCAAUUCGCCGUAUGUGGAAACCAGGACUGGGUACGGUCUUGGAUCACAGUAUAAGCGAAUUGAGGCUGCGUAUGGACACUAUGCAUACGUUGCACCUGUUCGUCAGACGGCGCAGUUUGCCUCGUCUCAAGGUGUACCAGUUUACCUGUACAACUGGGCUUUUCCAAAGACUGUUGUUGGUCGGGCGAACCACGGAGAAAAUAUGGCAUAUGAGACUUUUGAUAAUGCUAUCACGGGGGUAUCGGAGUCACAAAAGGAGCUCUCGGGUACUCUCCAUGCAUAUUUGACUAGCUUUAUUACAAAGGGUGAUCCGAAUGCCAUCUCGGGUCGUUAUGGGAACCGACCUGAGUGGAAGAUUUACAAUCCAAGUGAUGCACAUGUCUUGAUUUUUGGACAGGGGAAUGAGGAGCUCAUCGGGGGUUCCACUGCUCCCGCUGCUAAAUUUGUGAAGGAUGAGUGGGCGAAGGAGGAGACUGAAUUUUGGUGGUCGAAGGUCCCGAUCUCCCAGCUUGCUUGA